GACCCGUUAAAGCAGACCCCAACUGUCAUUUUUUAUUUUUUUUUGUCUUACCAGUCAGUAGUAUACAGCAAAAACCAUCUUUAAAAAGAGGGUUUUUUUUCUCUCUUCUUGUAUUCCUUUUCACAAUCGUCUUCUUCUUCUUCUUCCUAUUCUGCUUUCUCUCUGUUUCCCCACUUUCCUAUGUCUUUAAUGGCUGCCCCCCACCUAAUUUUUCUGAUUUAUAAUUUGUGGGUUAGUGUUUUAUCCAUCUGUGUUUGAAUCUUUCUUUCUUUUCUUGAUUACAAAGAUACCCACAAAAGAGAAAAGGUCUAAUCAUCAUCAACAUCAUCAAUAUUCAUCAUUAUCGUCAUAUCUGUGUAGAGAUAUUUUGAGAAUUUCACGUGGUUUGAUUUCAAGGAAGAAGCAAAGCACAUAUUCCAUUCUUCUCAAUUUCUCAAACUUUCCUUGUUUCUCCUCUUUUCCCCCAAACUGAAGCUACCAAUUUCCAGUUUAUGAUCCAUUAUUGAGAUUAGCUAUAGCUGAUUGACUCCAUUGAAGAAUUGAAGAAAAAUCUUUCCCUUCAUUUUCAGAAGCUCAUAAAUGGCGAAGAGAUCGCAGAAACGAAUCCCACAUUACGAUAAAGGUCAAACGGGCUGCAUUUGGACUUUCAUUAGUAUAUUCGAUUUCAGGAACGGUCGAUCAACUAGACGCCUUCUUUCAGAUACUAAAAGGCAUCAUUCAGGAAGACAACAACAACAGCAUGUUGGAAAUGGAUAUUUCAAGAGUAAGUUGGACAUGCUGACGAAUUCGAUUGACAUUCAACCCAUUCGCAGAGGCGAGGAAAUGGAAGUUAUGGGUGUUAAAAUGAGUGUAAAGGAACUUAUGGAAAAGGAAAUGUUCAGUGAAGAAUAUCAAAACAAGCUGAUGAAUUCUGAUAAAAGAAAUGGAAGAAUUCAUCAUAAGAGGAGUAAAACAACAACCUGGAGUUCUUUUACCUCAAAAUCAUCAAAUUAUCGAGAUGAAAAGGUAUCAAAAGGUUCUGUUGACCUUGAUGCAGUAAUAAACGAUAUCUGCAAUCAGAUUCAUCAAGAAAGAUUCAUCAACGAUCUCGACACCAACUCAUCAAACUUAGACGAGGCGAUUAAAACAUUUGUAACCGAUGAGAUCACAAGAGGAAAUCCAAUAAGAAAAAAAAGAAGUCAGUCUCUUGAAGAGAUCUUGUUGAAGGAAGAUGAGAAAAGAACACCUGUUACAACUCAGUUUUCGUUUACUGAAAUCAAAAGAAGGUUAAAACACGCCGUGACAAAGGACAACCUUAACUACAAUGAAAAAUACGCGAUUCCAUCGAAGAGUGACGACGAGAAUGAGAAGUUAAAGGAGGAAAGGAUAAAGGAUAUCUAUGUCAAGGCAAGGAAACAUCUAUCUGAGAUAAUUCUGAGAAAUGGAGAUGAAAGUGAACAUUGUUCAUCAAGUAGGAGAUCAUUAGGAAAAGUUCUUUUUGAAACUGAUGAGAAGAAGAAGAGCUUGUCAACUUUCGACGAUCUGAUUGACUCGGUUUCAUCAGAACAGAACUCGGAAAAUUAUAAAGAUGAUAUGGAAAUUGUCAUAACUGCUGAUGAAGAAGAAUGUAAAGGUUUGGAUAGUUCAAAAACACCAUGCAUUUUGGAAGAUGAUUUUGAAUCAUGUUGUCACACGGGUUCUUUGAAAGUGGAAGAAGAAGAUGAGUUGUUGCCUUCACCAUUGUCAUCAUCUUCCCCAGUUAACAAGAACAGUGAAUAUGCAAAAACUUCAAAUGAUAGAUCAUCAGAAAGGCCAAGCCCAGUCUCUGUUCUCGAAUCCAUAUUCGGAGAAGACGAAACCAGCCCAGCCUCAACACGCAUCAUCGAAUCAUCAGGCGAAAGUUCAUUCCAUCCAAGACAAAUCCAAUUCGAAGAAGGUGAAAUUUGUAUAAGAACCAAUCAAGACAACGAGGAAUCUUCGUUUGAAUACGUCGAAGCUGUUCUUCUAGCUUCCGAUUUAAAAUGGGACGAUUAUCUCCUCAGAUGGAUUUCUUCAGUUCCAAUUCUCGACCCAUCCUUGUUCCAUGAAGUCGAGUUAUUCUCCAGCCGAAGCUUUCAUGACCAGAAACUCCUCUUUGAUUGUACAAACGAGGUUCUCAAGGAAGUUUGCAGCCGUUAUUUCAGUUACUAUCCGAGGGUUUCGUUUAUAACACGUAAUAUUCGACAAGUACCCAUUGGACAGGACUUGAUUGAUGAGAUAUGGGAAGGAGUUGAGAGGAAUCUUGUGCAGCUUUCGCCUUGUGUUCUUCAAAAUAUGAUGGAAAGAGAUAUGAUGGAGAAGGUAGAUCCGAAUAAUUGGAUGAAUCUUCGAUUUGAAACGGAAGGUAUUGGCGCUGAAAUCGGGGAAACUAUUAUGGAUGAACUUUUGGAGGAUUUGACAAGAACCUUGAAUGAAAACACAAUAGUAUGAAUAAUGUUGAGAACCACCUACUAAUAGUAAUAACAGAGGUGUGUGUCUGUCUUUUUUCUUUUUUUUCCUUUGGUAAGGUCGGGGGAAGUUAGUUCACAAUUCCCUCGUUUAAAUUAGAGCGUUUUUAGUUAAAAUCGGACUUAGAGACAUUUUUAGUCUUAUAAGUAAGAUGGUUCGGUUAUGCAGUCUGUUAAGGCAACUUAUUUAGUA